GUCUGAAGACGCUCGAAACACUGAAGCGCGUUCUCAGCACCCACUCGAGUCUGAUACAGUGCCAUAGUAGUAGCAGCACUAGUGCCAUCAUGCACUAAUGCACCACUCAUCGGUAAAGCAAGUACAAAACCUCCUCGUCCACGCUUCCUUCAUUGUUAGAAGAUAUGGAACAGUCCACAAGAGCAAGUUAUCAGAAGGUGUCUAGUGUUUGAAGCAAGCACGAAUUAGCGAGAGAGAGAAACAAUAGUCACGGAGUGAGAAUUAAGUUUUUAAUGUUCCGUUAUACUUUGUUUUGACCACUUGUUAUGCUACGCAACGGAGCAGCAACUAUUGUUUAGAAGCAGAAAGAUAGGGGAAUGGUCUCAAGAUUUAGUGAAGGUGCUCGAAAGUACACAAAAGAAGGCAGACUGUUGUUGCAACGAAAAAGAUCGAAUGAUCGACUGGAACAGGGGAGUGUUAGAGUAAGAUAAUACAGCUGGUAUCCAAAAAAUUCGUUGCGUUAAGAAACUUGUUCCUAGAUGCUAUUUUGAGUAUUGUAUAGCCGUACGCGUUGCGCACCUUUGUAAGGAGCCAAGAAGAGCUGCUGUUUGAGGUCGCUUUUCAUGGCGGCGACGUUUUCGCUUCCAGUUGCAUGGCCUUAGGUGGAACUGAUAGUUAAGAUAAACAGCAGAGUCACAGCAGUAAGGGCCCGCACACCGACGGUCUAUGAGAGAGAGAGAGAGAGAGGCAUGUAGAUGCGCUUAAGCUAAAGACACGCGCCAGGACGUACACAUUAACAUGUUAUGUUGCAUUCGUAACUAUAAGUAGUAAGCGUUUCCUCUUUCUUUUUUUCUUUUCCUAUAAUAUGCAUCAAAGAAUGGCCAAAAAAAAAACAAACUACUAACCAUAAAGUCAUCAUCCCCCGCUCAUUGCCCUAGUCAGGCUCUGGGGUACGUUCUUGAAAAGAUCGGCUCCAAGCGCGAGUGCCAAAGUUGUCACAAGUGCCUUUUCUAUAGAUAUAUAUUUUUAGUUAGUUUGCGUUACUGUUGUUUUCGAUUUACAUCAUUGGCUAAUGAUAACGUAAAGGCAGGCCUGUGCCCAAUAGAGUGUUAAGUUUGUUUUAGCUAAAUAAAAAAAAAGAUUUCUUUUCGUUCCACUGUA